GUUGUGCAUUCGUCAACAAGUGCAUGAUACAAGAUUAUUGGAUCUUCCCGCUUCCUCAAUUACUCUUCCUGUUAUUGUGGUUCCUCAGUGUUCGGUUUUAGAAGAGAGUAAGUCGAUUCUAUUAAGACAACUUAAGCAGAAGUGUGAAAGAAAAGAAAAAGGAAGAAAAGGGCUGAAAAGAAAUCUAAAAUAAAUAAUUAAAUAAAUAAACGCAAUUUUAACGAAAAUGACUGAAAGUUAUUGUGAGAACAUCUUUGGUGAAAUCUCACAGAAAAAUGUGUUGUUUUGUAUUGAGACAUCGGGUAAUAUGCUGCCGGUAUUACCCAUUGUCAAAAACCAUUUGCAACUCACACUAGAGAAAAUGGCUGCCAACGAAAGGAAAAUAUAUUUCAAUAUUAUUGAGUUCAAUUCUAGAGUUUUAGCCUGGGCUGAUAAAUUAAUCUGCAGUACACACGAAACCGUCUGUAUGGCUAUUGAUUGGCUGAAUGAACUAUCGGCGAGAACAGGAUGCGAUACGUUAGAGGCUCUCCGUUCGGCAUUUAGACAAGACUGCAUCGAUGCUGUAUAUUUGGUGACAUGUAGCCAACCUGACCAACAUCCCGAUGUCAUUUUAGAUGAAAUAAUUCCCCUAAGUAAAGGCUGUCCUAUUCAUUGUAUAUAUUUUACUGGCGAUCUGCCUGACGAUAUUGUAGAAAACUUCCUGGAAGAUCUUUCUCUAGAAACUCAUGGAACUUUCUGCAUUUUCCAAGCAUCAGAUGAAGAUUACAGAUUUUCUUAUCCUAAACUAUUGUAUUCCUCAAACAAUAAAAGACAAAAUGUAAUUCGAUCCACAUCGGGAGAUCGAUAUUCACCAGAGAAAACAUGUAGUGUAACAAGUACUCUACAAGUCGAUCCUAAUCCUAGCUUGAUUCCGAAUUCCUACCCAGUCAUGUAUCCAUUUGGCAUUGGAAUGACAGCUAUGACGAAACCCAUAUAUUAUCAUCCAACAGCAGACGUAUUUCCGUAUUAUUUAUCUAAAGCUUGCCUCAGAAGCAAACAGUUUGAAGUUUCUCCUUAUCUCUCACCCGGAGCAGGCGCCAUUCUUAUUGGGAAGAAAGUUCUCGCCCAAAACUACGAAGAUGGUUAUUUCUACAUUGGAGAAGUUCACAGUCAGAUUCGAACCAGUGACUUCUUGGUCGCCUUCAGUCCAUGCCAUAAGAAAUACAAAGAAACAACCUACCAAGAGACCAACGUCUGUGACAUCAUUGAUUACAAUGAGUCUCUAAGACAUUCCAUUGAGGUGGGGGAUUGUGUGCUGGCGCCUGGCCCACCACCACAGAACACAUCCAGGUUUUCAUGUGGUCGAGUGUUGGAAGGCCAAGAAGCGAGACAAACCGAACUGAAAUACAAGGAUGUCAAUCUUGUUGUCUCAUUUGAAAAUGGAACAACUUCCAGAAUUCCCAGAAAUGUUGCCAUUUGGAUCCCUCAAAACGCCUUUGACCACAUCAAGUUAAAAGUUCAUCAGCCUCGUUCUUUGAAACAAGAACCAUAUUACAAAAGUCAAACAGAAAUGCCUGAAUUUUUCCCUUUAGAACCAAGAAUUUGGGCCCCUAGUUUGAAACUGAGGGAUUACCAUCCAAUGGCAUUACCCCCUUAUGUUCCAAUGACUCCCCUGGUAUAUAACAUGGGAGCAGUCACUCCUUAUGGUAUUCCUUAUUUAACCCAGCCUACCUGGUACCCAAAAUACCAAACCCUUACACCCAAAUAUUCAUUCAGUGCCAAAGACCUUCCUCCAGAGAAAGUUGCUCCUGUCAGUAAAUUAUGCAUCAAAGAGCUCGAUGAUAAAGUUCAGUCCAUGGAAGAUGAACCAAAAGACAUCCCGAAGACUGAGAAAGAGAUACCAAAUAUUGGUGAUGAACAACAGAAGGAAGUCUUGGCAGACGUGUACCAACCAAUGCUUUGUGAAACUGAAAAAACCAAGGAUGCGUCUAUUGAAAACUUCAAAGAUGGCACCUCUUAUCUGCCUUACACCUCAGAGAAUUUACCAGAUUUAGGUUUCUAUGAUGAUAAUGGAUUGGAAGAAUUGUAUCAAACAGAUAUAAAAGAUGGAGGGAUGAAUACAGAAUGCUUAAAAUUCCCGAGCAAACCUAGAAACCCUGGAAGACCAAUGUGGAAAUACUGGGCCAAAAACCCGACCAAAAGCCUAGGUGUAUCAAGGAGAAAUCGGAGUCCAUUUCAAGAAACAGCUCAAGAUGUUCCGUUUGAGUUACGUGACAAAAACAGGAGUUUAUAUCAAGACUACGCCUCAAACUCAGCCUUUCGUCAGGUCGACAGAUUUUCGAAACAUACGCAAAACGACAGUGUAGCAACAUUGUUAAAGACACCGAAACCACCUUCUGUUGCUCUGCCAGCCCAGCAAGAACAACAUCAGAUACGAACACCAAACAACUGCAGAAACUGUCAGGAAGAUUCUAGUCAAAAGGAAUGUGCAAAAUCCUCGAAGAUGCUUGCAGUGAGACAUGGAACAACAACAGAGGAGCACAAGAAGAGAUUUAAAUUCGGGAGAAGGCACAAUCGAGAGAGGAUCUUACAGGACAUAAUACAGGGAACUAAUGCCGACUUGAACAGGCAGGAACAGAUUGAUGUGACCCAUGCGGCCAAGAGAGCAGUGAAUGCGGAAAUAUCUCAGGCAGUGACUGAAUACCACCAACAACAACAACGCCGACGACUGCAACAACAACAGCAACAACAACAAAGAACGUUACUAAAAUGUAAAGGAAAUGUGCAGGUGAAACCAGCAUCGGUCCGGUUUAGUAAUAACAAUAAUAAUAAUAAUAAUGAUAAUAGUAAUAAAAGUAAUAAUUAUCGACAGGAAGUGAAGGGGCUUGAUUGUGUUGAUAAAAGGCGACAGGGAUAUGGUGGAAUCGAUGUGGCCCCUUUAAAAGAAGACCAGAAAAAACAGCAAAAUCCUUAUGGGAAGAGCCAGCAAUACUGGGCCAAUGUCCGCAAUAACCUUUUGCAAAGGGAAUCUCUGGAAAAGCAGAAAUACAAAGAAACGCAAGAGACCCGGCUGUUACGAAAGAACAAACCCUUAAAACAAUUCAAAGAAGGAGACCAGAAUAAAAUAUAUAGGGGACAAGAGUUGGUCCUUUAUCGUGCCAAGAUAAUAUCAUAGUUCAUUUUGGGUUGUUGUAGUGGUGGGCAGGGAAGUUCAUUAUUUUCCAGUGGAUAGAUUUAUAACGAAGGGAAUUUAUUUGAAUUAGUUACGUAUUAUAUUUUAAGUAUACUUUUAUCCUUCUCUCUCUUUUGUUGAAUAUAGAAAAAUCUUAUUGCAUGCAUAUGUAUACAUGCAUGUAUGUGUG